AUGCUGAACUUGGUGUAUGGCGCAGAUGCAGCAGUGAGGCACGUGGAUGAAGUGAAUGAUGACGCACGCAAGAUUCAUCUGAUUAUUGACAGGGACGAGGUGGAAGAUGAGCAGAAGAAAACGAAACAAAGAUGGAAUCUGGAACAGUUGCGCGCCGGCGAUACUUUCCUGUCAUUGCAAGCGGGCACCAACAGAUUUGAUUCCCAGAAAGGAAUGACUGCAUUGGGCAUGCCGCGCUGGAACGUUGUCAGAGAUAAGCAUCUGGGGUGCAUACUUCGCAUUUUUUUUUCAUAAAU